GAUGAGAUAGAGAGAGAGUGUGUGUGAGAAAAAGAAGGGAGAGAGAGAGAGAGAGAAAGUGAAGAAGAUAGAUAGAGAGAGAGAGAAAAAAGAGAGGGCAGAAGAGCAGAAAGAGAUCUGAGAGUGAAUCAUAUAAUCAAUCUCUCUGAAAGUUAAAAAUAUCAAGUUUUUUAUUUGAAUCAUCGGUUUAGGGUAUCCGCCGGUGUAGGCGACUUUCUUGUUUGAGAAUCAUCCGGGGAGUCAUAGAGAUAGGUUUCCGGCGAAUUAUGUUAGAAGAAAGCCUGUGAUGAUACAUACAACAGUAGUAGAUCUGACGUUAAAGAGAUCGAGAGAAGUGAUUGAUGGAUAGGAAUAGAGAAGCAAGACGAGCUACUAAUAUGGCUGCUCCACAGAAUGGCUUAUCGUCGUCUAGACGGAGACAUCGAAGCAACAGUCUAAGGGAUUCACCUGAUGAAGAUGGAGGGGUGGAGUUACAAGAAUCAGGAAGGUUGAGAGACAGAGGAGUGGUCAAGAAAGAUCGUGGAGAUCGAGAUCGGGAUCGAGAAAGGGAGAGGGAGCGGUCUAGCCGGAGCAAAAGAAGGAGAGAAAAUAGGAUGAUGAUUCAUCAUGUGACCACCGGAAGUAACAGAGACGACGGAGACGAUACGUCUGAGGAGAGCGUUAAUGAUGAAGACGAAGAAGACGACGAGGAUGCCGGAAAUGGCGGUGGUAUGAGGAUGUUGCCUCCGCCGCCGGCCAAUCCAUCUACAGCAGCAUCGGCUAUGACGAGUAAUCAUCAUAAUCAUAAUCCUCAUCCUCAGCAGCUUCACCAUCGCAAGAGUUUUCCCCCAUCUGCUAAUAAAGUCUUUAGACCUGCUGCGCCACCGCCUGCUUGGAAGGCUGCCGACGAGAUGAUCGGUGUUUCGGUUCCGAGAAAAGCUCGGUCAGCAUCUACAAAGCGGUCUCACGAGUGGAUAUCUGGUGGUGCUGUUGUUGGCGUAGGGGGAGGUACAGAGCAAAUUCAUCGUCAAUCCUCGACUUCACCUGUAAGGCUUGGUUUGACAGCCGCCUCACCGGCGCCGGUGGCUCCUCCAUCGCCUUCUUCUUCCAAUGUUUCAGUCCGCAAGAAGAUGAAAACAAAUGGAGGGUCUAAACCGAGGCCACCGAAAUCUUCAUCUAAGUCGUCAUCCUCAAAUCCAGAGGAGCUUGAAAUCGAGAUAGCCGAAGUUUUAUAUGGUCUCAUGACUCAAUCGCAAGCUCCGUCAAAGAAAGAACUCCCAUCUAACGAUUCAACAACAAAGUUCGAUUCUAACAAAUCCAGCAGUGAUACCAAAUCUAGAGUCUCAUCUCCCAUCUCUAACUCUACAGCCCCACCACAAAAUUCUUCUUCGUUGUCAACCGUAGCACCAAAGAGGAAGAGACCACGGCAAGUGUCAGAGAAUCCGUUUAGUGUACGGAGCAGUCCAGUUUCUUCUUCAAUAAAGACCGAGAUCGAUCAUCAUCAGCAUCAUCAGUCUCCCAAGACUGAUAUUUCUUCUCCUUAUCUAGAAAACAAUAGUCCCGGAUCUGCGGCGGCGGCCGCCGAGAAUGGUGUUUCUUUUGGGUUUACCAGUUUGCCGGGUCAUCAGGCUCCGUCGGCACCGUCGUCAGAGCCACCGCUGCCUUUACCCCAGCCGCCGGCGGAAGAGGAGGUGAAAUGUGGUGUAGGUGUGGUGUUGACUAAAGAAGAGGUGGAGAAGGAAUCUCAUGCGGUUGGGGUAAACGAUGGAAAUGCAAAAACUGAAAGUGUGAUUGCGACAGCUUCAUCAACGACAGCGACCAUUCUAAAGAUGGCUAAUCCGGAGACUGAAAGGCAAAAGGAAGAAAAAUUCGAAAUAGAUCUGAUGGCUCCACCUCCUCAACUCAAAACAUCUCCUGAAAGAGCUAGGGAUAUCGAUUUCCAAGAUCAUAAGCAGCAGCAGAUGCCAACUCAGGAAAUGACCAAGAAUAUCAAGGACAAGGAAGAUGAGAAGCCCAAGAAGAGCAACAAGGAGACUGUAAAUUUGAUGGAUGUUGCACAGAAGUCAAUGGCUGGGACUCUUCAUGAAGCUGGAGAAUCAUCAAAGCAAGCGAUGAAUGAAGAAAGGAAUACCCAACUUCAUAUCGAUUUGGAAAAGCCCAACAAGGAUAGCACCAACAGAUCACUGCAUCAAGCUCUUAAACAUCAACAGUUAUCUGCUAAAUCCACCAGAGAUGAAACCCAUUCAGAAAAGUCAGCUCAACCAAGUUCUUUGCCAAUGCCAAUGUCUGUGGCUAACUGGCCUCCAAUGGGAUAUGUGGCACCAUUGCAGGGAGUGAUAUCCAUGGAUGGAAACACCAUGCCUUCUGCUCCAAUUCAGCCAAUAUUCACACAUCCAAGGCCAAAAAGAUGUGCCACACAUUGCUACAUUGCAAGAAACAUUCACUACCUUCAGCAAUUCAUGAAGAUAAAUCCAUUCUGGCCAGCUGCAUCUGGAUCUGCACCCAUGUUUGGGGCCAAACCCUGCAAUCUAAAUGUCAUGCCUUCAACUGAACUCCAUGGAAACAUCACUGGAGGUCAGUUGCAGCCAUUGCAACAAGACAAGGGUCCCGGAAUCGGAAUCUUCACCGGAAAAGACAACAAAUCUUCUCAAUCCACCACCAUUCCUGAUCCUGCUCAGAGAAAGCAACAGGUUUUGCUUCAGCAAGCAUUGCCCCCCGUCACCCCUAAUAAUAUUCUUCAUGGACCUACUUUCAUCUUCCCCUUCAAUCAGCAACAGGCGGUGGCGGCUGCUUCUGCCUCUGUUCGACCUGGUUCUUCUAAGCUUUCUACUGGAGCACCAGGUGGUUUGGGUGGUGGUGCUUCAGGUGCCGCCAGUUCAGCCACUGUUAGCAGCUCCACAACAGCAGCUGCUCCGGCCUUGAGCUUCAAUUACCCAAACAUGGGGGCCAAUGAAACCCAGUAUCUGGCAAUUUUACAAAACAAUCCUUACUCUUUCCCGAUACCUGCAGCAGUAGGAGCCCCACCAAAUUACAGAGCCAACCCUCAUGCCCAACCCAUGCCUAUGUUCAAUGGCUCUUUCUAUCCUUCUCAAAUGAUACACCCGUCCCAGAUUCCACAACCACCGCCACCCCAACAGGCCCCACCAGCUCAACCUCAAAAUCACCACCCUUCUCAGCCACAGCAAAUCCAACAAACCCACCAGAACAGCAGCGGAUCCACCUCCUCGUCACAGAAACAUUUGCAAAAUCAGCAGCGGCAGCAGCAAGGCGGCAAUGUUGGUGGUGCUGCUGUUAAUGGCGGUGGCACUGGAAAUGGUGGUGCCAGUUUGCAUAACAGCUAUCCUUCCCAUCCUUCCCACAAAAGUCGAUCACAGUCAUCUCAGCAGCAGCAGCAGCAGCAGAAUCAGGGUCAGCACAUGAACCUGCCCCCGCAAUCACGCCACCUUGAAAAUGAGGUGGCUGGUGGUGGUGGUGAGGAUAGUCCAUCCACCGCUGAGAGUCGGGUAUCUAGGGCGGCAACCACCAUGAGUGUUUAUGGUCAUAAUUUUGCUAUGCCGGUUCACUCACAGAGUUUUGCUUUGAUGAAUCCUCAAGCUGCAGCUCUGUCUAAUGCUGCAGCUGUCAACAACUCGAAUGAUAAAAAACAGCAGCAGCAUCAGCAUCAGCAUCAGCAACAGCAAUCUCAGCAAGCGGGGUUAAAAAGAGGUGGUGUGGAGUCGUCUUUACCACCACCUCAAACUUUUGCCAUGUCUUUUGCUCCUAUGAAUGGUACCACUGGUACCAUGUCAUCCAUGGCUCAAAACCACGCCAUUUUCCAGAGUUUGCCAGAAUCAUUGAGACAAAGCUAUCAUCAGAUAAUGACAGCACCUCCAGUUGCCCAUUCUCAACAGAAGAAGGAUUUCAGAAUAUCUGAAGAAGCUACCCGGGCAGCAGGUGGUCAUGAGUCCUCUUCAAAUGCAGAUGAAGACCGAAAGGGCAGUUCGGGGUUGACCGGGAAGUCCGGGCAGUCCAUUGCGUUUUCAAGGCCAGAUCUUGCCCCAGAUGUUUCCGGUGGUUCAUCUCCAGCCAUCCCUGGGACUUCAGUGAUUGAUAGCUCUUCCAGGAACAUAAACCUGGGUUCAAAUAAUCGGUCAACCAGAUCACCCUCUGUUGCAUCUUCUCAAUCCUCCCAUCAUUUACAUGCUCAAUUCCAGCAGCAACAGCAGGUCUUUCAGCUUCAGAAGCAACAGCAGCAACAGCAGCAACAGCAACAGCAACAGAACCACAACAUGGCUGCUGCCCGAAGUAAAAACCCAAACCCAAACGCAAACCCGCCCUCAGGUAAUGGGGGUGCUGCCUACCCUGACCACCUAAUAACUUCAUCUUCAUCCAUGGCUGCCAAAUUUCCAAACUCUCUUUCUUCUUUCCCACAAAACUUAGUCCAAACCAGCAACACCAGUAGCAGCCCGGUUCAAUCCCCGCAAUGGAGAAACUCAGUAAGGGGUCCCGCCACAUCGUCUCAACCACCAACCACCUCCUCCCUCAAAAACCUCCAUCAAUCCCAACACCAACAGCCUAACCGAUCCUCCCACCCGCAAUCACACACUCAGAUUUCCUUCGGUGGUGCCGCCAGUCAGAAACUACCUUCCACCACCUCAUCACAUCAACAGAAUCCUAGUAGCAAUAGUAAUAAUAACCAGUCACCUUCACCACCAAUGUUGGUUGGCUCUCCGACAACAUCUUCCAUUUCUAAAGGUGGUGGUGGUGGUGGAAGUCCGAGAACAAAUGUAUCGGCUUCCACAAGUGGUAGGACUCCCCAGGCUUCUUCUCUAUCCUCAUCACAACAAGCUAAAAACUCUCCUGCAACGCAAAGAUCUUCACCUUCAAUCCUUGGUAACCCCCAUGUCACAAACUCAGGUUCUAACAAAUCUCAGCAGCAACAACCACAGCAGCUACAGAAGCAAACAUUACAGCAACAGCAACAGCAACAGCAGCAACAUGCCCAAGCCCAAGCGCAAGCGCAAGCCCAGGCACAUUUGUUCUUCGCACAUCCACAUCCGUACAUGCAAGUCCAGCAGCAGUCACAGGGUGGUCUACAGCAUUCCGGCAGCCCAACCACCGCAUCAGGCGGUGCAACCGGCUAUUACCUUCCAAGAAAGCAGCAGCAAAAUCCUCAAUCAUCUUCAACCGCCAUGCUGUCGCUUUCCCCGCCGGUCACACUAUCAAACACCACCACUUCCGAUCCGGCCAAAGCAAUUGCAGCCGCCACUAGCAACAUGAAAGGUGGUGGUGUUCCUCAAAUGAUGCAUGGGAGUCAGUAUGGUGGUGCACAGUCGGUGAAUGCUGGACAUCAGAUGUUGCCUGGUGGGUUCCCACAAUAUGUCCAUAAUGCCCCUGCUGCUGUCCAGGUGAAACCUGCAGAGCAGAAACAGCCAGCUGGUGCCGAGAGAAACCAAUCAAAAUCAAUCAAUGAAUCAUCCCAAUCCCAAGUUUGUUAAAAGGGAGAAAAGAAAUAUGACAUUUUGCGUACAUAUGGUGUCAGCCUGACAAGAAAUCAAAUGACGCGAUCGGAGAAGAAAAAGGGCGACAAGUUUUGGAUCGAUGUUUUUUUCAAGGGUCCGGGUCUGGGUCUGGGUCCGGGUCCCUCUACGAAAAGCUCCAUGGCCAGUGGGUGGGUGGGUGUGGGUGGAUGGAUAAAGUAGGUUUUAGUUCUUUUUGGGAAGUGGGGAAAGGAGGGGGGUUUCUUUUUGGUGAAUUUUCUCCCUUUAUCAUGUUGGACAUAUUAUAUAAAAAAGGAGAAGGGUGUUGUGCAUAAUAUAAUAUGCAUAUGCAGCAUAUAAUGUGUAUAUGUCAUGAAAAGGGUGAACCCUCUCAAUUUUAUUUAUUUAAUCUUUUACUUGGUUGGUUGGUUGGUUGGA